AUGUCAACUGCAAUCUGCGUCCUUGCACUCUUUGCGGGACUUGUCGCCAGCCAGAAGACCUGCCCAGAUGGAUCACUGUGCAACACCGGAGACACGUGCUGCAAGCUGAGGAGCGGCAAGUACAGCUGCUGCCCCCUUCCCAACGCCGUCUGCUGCGAGGACCAGGAGCACUGCUGUCCCUCCGGCUACCGCUGCGACAACGAGACGGACAGCUGCAAGCCGUCCAGAGCACGAGCGGCUGACGUCGAAGCCCUUCUGUUGCAGACGCUCGAAAACGCUGGCAGGCAACAAGAAAACGACUACGUCCCGUGCGGUUUAGUGGACGACGCGGUCUGUCCCGCAGGCCACACGUGCUGCACGACGACGCCAAAGUCGAAAGCCACCAACCACAGCUGCUGCCCGUUCCGGAACGCCGUGUGCUGCGCUGAUGGGAAACACUGCUGCCCCGCACGGACUACGUGCCAGCCAGCUUCUGGACGAUGCAGCUACGACCAUCCUGACGCGCCGGGAACUGGGCUCACUCCGGCGAAACCCAACGAGACGAUGCGGACGCCGACGGCGGCGAAGACCAUUCCGACUGAAUGCAAAGGCGCUUUCUGUGCCACGAAAUCGUCGCCGAACACUGUUGGCAUCUGUCCGCCGGACUAUUACCAGUGCUCGAACCCCGUCUACUGCUGUCCCGUCAACUUGCUCUGCACGUUCACGGGUGCCUGCGUGCCGUAG